AUGCCGUCGCUGGCUGCGCAUAAACCGUCGGCCCAUCAAUCCGCGAGUUCGGCCGGCGUCCAACCUGGCACAAGCCCCAUUCCCGUGCCUAUAGUUGGGGGUCGCUCCCCAAAUCGCCUGCGCUAUGGCGAGCCAAGGGUGACCGGCGCCCCGAUCUCCCCGCCGUCGGGCCCGACAUUCCACCGCGGACACUCGCGUUCAAUCAGCCAGCCCUUUGCGUCCGCUCUUUCCGGAGUUGGGAAACGCCGAAACAAAUCGAUAUCUGUUGAGGCGGACGUGGAUACUGAUGAUGAUGAUGAAGACGACGAUGAUAUUUACAUUCCGAAUCCGAAUCCCAUAUCUUCGAGUCCCCGCAAGGGCCUGCCACGAGUACCCCCAAAGGAGGAAUUGACGACUGGGAAGUGCAUGACCUGCAAUAAUACGGUGCGGUGGCCACGGCAUUUAAAAGUCUUUCGAUGCACGGAAUGCUUGACGGUGAACGACCUGGAUCCUUGCCAAGAUUCAAAAGGUUCAGUAAAUUUGAGCACAAGGAAGAAUGCAAAGCCAAUCCAGACGAUUCCCAGAAAAGGUAUGCCGUUCACAAUUCCAUUGACAGUUGAACGAACCAAGAACAUUAUCGAUCGAUGCAUCACCACUUACCUACAACAAUGCCUAGGAGCCCCGCCAGUGCCCCCGAAGGAUACAUCGAGCGAAAGCUUCCGACAGACCUCAUCUAAAGCCUCUGAGCACCUGACUGUACCCCAACACCCAACUGCGCCACGGGGUCGCAGCGUGUCGUCGGCAGGCACGCGCGAAAAGGCCGAUGGUGGUGACACGGAGCUUGGGAAUUUCAGCUACUCAAAAAAUCCUUACCCCCCUGUUCCUCCACCUAAGGACAGUCGGAAUGCUCCCAAUUCUGUUAACUCUAGAGAGAGAAGUCGACUACGUGAAAGUGGGAAGGAGAAACAUCCUUACAUAUUCCGAGAACUGGAGGACUAUAUAAUAUCAGGACUCAAAGGCUGUGACACUUUGAAUGUGUCUUUCAAUUCAGCCCAUCAUGCUCCCAGGGCCACACCAGAAAACAGCCAACCUGAACGCGACGUGGAGCGAAAUCCUAGAAGAGCACAGGUAGAUACAGCCGUUGAACUUGAUGCUAAGACUUUGCUGGUGGGAGACUUGGUUGAGAACUCUUCUUGGUGGAUGGUCGACGAAGAUUCUACUGGAGUGCCGAGUCAUAGCCAACAUAAACACAGAACUACGAAAAUAGUCAGUUCUAGGAGCCCACGUAUCAACUGGAUCGAUGUCGAUAAGUGGUAUCAGCUCGUUCUAACGGCUGGUACAACUUGGGUCGAGAAGUGGUCAGUCAUGAAGGUCUCCGAGGAAGAGGAUCGUGCGAGGGCAGAGGCAUGGCUUAUGGCAGAUCUGAGUGUAAUUGAAAAGGAUUCUGAAGGGCGGGCGGCAGGUAAUAAAGCGCAUACUGCAAAAGCGCAAAGCGGAGGGCCUGUUCAGCACCCUGGAAUAAUCAAGCGCAUAUUGGGCUUACUGUCAGACCUACCGAGCGACUGCCAUCACUACCUCGUUUCAUGGUUUUCACGCUUCUCGGUUGGUCAUUUUGAAAAGCUCGUUGAACUUGUAGGCAGAUUUGUGACAUAUCGUCUAUCCCGCCAGCAUGUCCGAAGAAAAAGCGAAUCAGCGAAUGACGACAACUACCUAAUACCUAGCUUAUCCAGCGCUGCUAUGAAUACGCCAUCAGAGUUACACGCGGCCAUCAAUGGAAUCAAUCAGAACAAGCAGGCGAAGAAAAAGGCCGAUGCCCCCAUGACGUACAGUGAUGAUUGGCAGGUUCGGGCUGCAGGCCGAGUAAUGGCGUUACUGUUUACUGCGAAUAAUGCAGACAUACCUCGUAAACCACCAGGAACAGAAUCAGCAGUCAUGUCCAGGCAGCAAGGAGCUCACCGUGGGCACAUCAUUCCAAUCAGCUCCUUUUAUAACACAAGGCUUGAUUAUUCAAAUCUUGUGGUGGCAGACUUUGAGGCCUGGGAGUCGAGAACAACGAAAUUCUCUUUUUGUCAAUAUCCCUUCUUCCUCAGCAUUGGAGCUAAAAUCCAGAUCCUGGAACACGAUGCCCGCCGCCAAAUGGAGGUCAAAGCCCGAGAAGCGUUCUUCAGUAGCAUUCUGACGCGAAAGGCCGUGAGCCAGUAUUUCGUGCUAAGAGUACGGCGCGAGUGCUUGGUAGAAGACAGCCUGCAGCGUGUCAGUGAGGUUCUGGGGUCGAGCCCUGAGGAAAUGAAAAAGGGGCUUCGUAUCGGGUUCGUUGGUGAAGAGGGUGUGGACGCAGGUGGGUUGCGGAAAGAGUGGUUCCUGCUCCUCGUCCGGGAGGUGUUUGAUCCCCAUCACGGACUAUUCAUCUACGAUGAAGAUUCUCGGUAUUGUUAUUUCAACCCAUAUUGCUUAGAAUCGUCAGAGCAGUUCUUCUUAGUUGGAGUUGUGCUUGGGCUGGCUAUCUAUAACUCGAUUAUUCUUGACAUCGCCCUUCCGCCGUUCGCAUUCAAAAAGUUGCUGGCAGGAGCGCCGCAGACGACUGGACCGCAGCCAUUAACGACACAAGAUCUGGCGGAGUAUCGGCCUGUCCUUGCUAGAGGCCUGCGGGCACUUUUGGAGUUCGAGGGUGAUGUCGCCGAAACUUUUUGCCAUACUUUUGUUGCCGACGUCGACCGGUAUGGUGAGGUUGUCUCUGUACCACUUUGUCCCGGCGGCGAGAAGAAACCGGUGACAAAUGCGAACCGUCGAGAAUUUGUCGAUCUCUUUGUUCAUUAUCACUUAGACACCGCGGUGGCGCGGCAGUUCGAGCCCUUCCGGCGUGGAUUCUUCAGCGUCUGCGGCGGCAAUGCGUUGUCCUUAUUCCGUCCCGAAGAGAUUGAACUCUUGGUUCGUGGAUCUGAUGAGCAGCUAGAUGUGAAAUCGCUGAGGGCGGUCGCCACAUAUCUCAACUGGGGGACACCAAAGCCAGAGUCGGUGCCCGUGGUGCGAUGGUUUUGGGAGUAUUUUGAACGGGCAAAUCCCGAAGCACAGCGCAAAAUCCUUUCAUUCGUCACGAGCAGCGACCGCAUUCCGGCCAUGGGGGCAACGAGUCUGAACAUCCAGCUGAUUUGUUUAGGAGAUGACUCGCCGCGGUUUCCAACCGCACAUACAUGCUUUAACCGGCUUGGGUUGUACAGGUAUAAGACACGGGAGAAGUUCGAGCGAUUACUCUCGGAGGCAGUGCUGAACAGUGAAGGAUUUGGGCUGAAGUAA